AUGGAGUCUGGUAGUGAGGUGUCGGCUGAAGAGAAGAAAUUGGUGGAUCAGGAAGAGAAACGAUUUUUAUCCACAUCGCCAGAAAGCAAAAUUCUGAAUCCGAACGAAUGUGAAACACUACCAUCCAUGCCGGAGGAUGAUCCUAACGGUAAUGUUAAUAACGUUAUGGGAACGGCAGCUCCUCGAUGGGGUCCACAACAUGCUGGAGCUAAAGCCUUAGCUUCAAUGUAUAGUAAAGAAAAACGAUUACAAGAAUCUGUAUCAGUUAUCGUAGCGCCAAUUCUAUUUGUAUUAGUUCUUAUCAACUUAUUAUUUACAUGGGAUUGGUCCAUUUGUGGAUCUGUAAUUCUUUCAUCUAUUUUGGGAAUAUUAACUGCUGACUUCUCAUCCGGUCUUGUUCAUUGGGGAGCUGAUACAUUCGGAAGUGUUGACACGUGGUUUGGACGAUCAUUUAUUCGUCCAUUCCGAGAACAUCAUGUUGAUCCAACAGCUAUCACAAGACAUGAUUUCAUUGAAGUUAAUGGGGACAAUUUCAUGCUCUGCAUACCCCAUCUGGCUUACAUAUUCUACCAACAAAUGACAUAUUCGGGUGCUGACUUGAAUCGUUGGGCCACUAUUCACUGGUAUUUCCUUCUCUUAGCCGUAUAUGUUGCCAUGACUAAUCAAAUUCAUAAAUGGUCGCAUACGUAUUUCGGAUUAUCGCAAUGGGUCAUAACACUUCAGAAACUUCAUAUUAUUCUUCCUAGAUCUCAUCAUAAGGUUCACCACAUAUCUCCUCAUGCUUGCUACUAUUGCAUUACAACUGGUUGGCUCAAUUUCCCGCUAGAAAGCAUAGGUUUUUGGCGUAGGGCUGAGUCUGUUGUCACUUUUCUGACGGGAAUGAAACCACGAGAAGAUGACUUGAAGUGGGCCACAAAACUUCAUUAA